GCGGGAAAACAUGAGUGAUAACGCAGGAGAGCGCGCUCGCCUCCGGCGCUACCCCGAGCUCCCGGUGUGGGUGGUGGAGGACCAUCAGGAGGUUCUGCCUUUUAUAUACCGGGCAAUUGGCUCAAAACAUCUUCCCGCCAGUGACAUCAGUUUUGUGCAUUUUGAUUCUCACCCAGACCUCCUUAUUCCUGUGAACAUGCCAGCAGACACUGUGUUUGACAAGGAAACACUCUUCGGAGAGUUAAGUAUUGAGAAUUGGAUUAUGCCUGCAGUUUAUGCUGGCCAUUUUUCUCACGUAAUAUGGCUUCAUCCCACAUGGGCUCAGCAAAUCAGAGAGGGCAAGCAUCACUUUUUAGUAGGCAAAGACACGUCUACUACAACAAUCAGGGUUACAAGUUCCGAUCAUUACUUUCUAAGCGAUGGUCUUUAUGUCCCUGAAGACCAGCUAGAGAACCAAAAACCUUUACAUUUGGAUGUAAUUAUGGUAAAACCUCAUAAACUCUGUAACAGUCAAGAAGGAAACGCUGCACUGUCUUCUGCUAAGAAGCCAAAGCUAGCACUGCAAGCUGCGGAAAACCCUGCCUCUACUAACUGUGCCUCUUGUUCAGAAGGACUGGAGAAGGACGCAGUGGCAGACAAAAGUGGCCACACUUGCCUGGACCCGGCCUGCUCACCUUCUGAGAGUCGGGAGUGGCAGACCACGGCUGACUCUGGGGAUGUUCUGGAAGCUCUGAAGAAAAGGGACUCGUUGGUUUUAGAUAUUGACUUGGACUUCUUUUCUGUCAAGAAUCCUUUCAAAGAAAUGUUCACUCAGGAAGAGUACAAAAUAUUACAAGAGCUGUAUCAGUUUAAAAAGCCAUCAGCCGACCUAACACAGGACGAUCUGGUAGAUUGUGUGGACACGCGAAUUCAUCAGUUAGAAGAUCUAGAAGCUACUUUUGCUGAUCUGUGUGAUGGUGAUGAUGAAGACACCGUGCGAAGAUGGGCUUCAAACCCUGGAAUGGAGUCACUAGUUCCACUUGUACAGAGUUUGAAAAAACGGAUGGAAGUGCCAGACUACGAAAUGGUUCACCAGGCUGGUCUGACCUGUGAUUAUUCAGAACUUCCUCACCACAUCAGCACAGAAGAAGAAAUUGAGUCUCUUGUUCAGUCCAUGUGUCAUUUACUGAAAAGCUUACCAAAGCCCACACUUGUUACAAUUGCAAGGUCAAGUCUAGAUGAUUAUUGUCCGUCGGAGCAAGUGGACACCAUUCAAGAAAAAGUCCUCGGUGCGCUCCGCUCCCUCUACGGAACUCUGGACAUUCACCUGGAAUACUCGGGGGAUUCUUCCCCUUGA